AUGCCCGCCCUGAAUAUCGGGCUGAAGGCUGGGACUAAGAAGCAGAAGUAUGAAAAGAUCAGCGAGAAGAAGAUGUCCACUCCCAUUGAGGUUCUUUGUAAAGGCUACCCCACCGAGCUCGCCUCAUACUUCCACUACUGCCGCUCGCUUCGCUUUGAUGACAAGCCAGAUUAUGCCUACCUCAAGCGUCUCUUCCGCGACUUGUUCAUUCGAGAAGGGUUCCAGUUCGACUAUGUCUUUGAUUGGACCAUUCUCAAGUAUCAGCAAUCCCAGGCAUCCGUGGCUCCCCAGCGCCUCCUUGCAAACGCAGCUGUGGCUCCUGCUCCUGCGGCUGCAAACCAAGCAGCCAAUGCCGGCAUGGAUGACAUGGCGCGGCGUCGGUCACCGCUGAUCGAGAGCCCAAGGCACAGGAGCCCACUGCGGGAUGAUGAUGGAGUUGAUGCUGACCGUCAGAUGCAUCAGGGUGGCUACACGCGCACAGGCAGUGGCUCCGCUGCCAGGAGAGCAGCGGCUGCAGCAUCUGGGGGUGGGGUGGGCAUGGGGGUCCCAGGGACGAGGGCUGGAGGGGCAGCUGAGCAGGUGGAAGGGAAACGGUCAGGAGGGCUCGGCAUUUCUAAUGCUCUGUCUGGCAUCCGUUCAGGGGCGCGGGGCCGUGACAUGUUUGCUGGGGGUCGUCUAGGAGGCACCUCUCGUGGGCCCAAGGAGUAG